AUGCUCCUACGCGAGACAUCCCCAGUGGUCACGUCUAACCAGCUCUAUGCAUACAGUGAGCUCCGAGCGCUACCGGAGGACCAGCAUCUCUUUUGCCCACGCGUCGGCGAAGAUGAUCAAAUAUACUUCCCCGAAGACGUCGCCAACUAUCCGCCCGAAACCGAUCCCGCCGAGCUCGAAGCCCGCAAGACCAAACUGCAAGAGGCCGAAGAGCGCAAAUGGUCUGCAUUGAAGGCCAUGGAGAUACUCGCGUAUGACGGAGACGAGGCGGCACCACACAAGGAAUGGCUCACCAAUCGAGUCGACCAGCACAUGGAGAGCUGUGAAGUCUGCGUUAGGGUCUUUUACAUGUCCAGGCCCGAGUGGAGGAUACGGCUGAUCGACACUUACGACGAGGAGAAUAUCGUCGAUUUCAUGCGUUUGGUCGACGAGAGCUGCCUGGGCCGCAUACGGAAAGGACUGGAGGAGGCCAACAGGUUGCUGAAAAGCACGUAUGCCUUCUUUGAAGCAUUGAGCUGCGAUGCCAUGAUUCGGGACGAAGGCCUACUCCAAGAAGUUUUUGACACGCCGUUCGACUUGGUCCAGACGAAGAAGCGCCUAAAGCUUCAAACAUACCUUCCAGCCAUGACCCGCUUCUUAUUCAGUAAGAACGCGAGACGGCUUGACUGGGCGACCAAGUCAUGGGUGGGGUUUAAGCGAGACUUGCUGAAGUCUGAGUUCGAAUGGGCCGUGCGUGACCAUCUCAUCAAUGUUAUGAUGAAGGUGCAGAUGACCAAUCUGGAUAUGUCUUAUGUGCCACUCUUUUGGGGCGGCGUACGGCUCAUUAUCGAAAGGAUGGACAAGGAGCUCAUUACAGAGUACAUUCGUAGUCUUGACGGUGACUUUUACAGAUUGAUGCUUGACCAUCUCUCCUUAAGGCCGGAAGGCUUCUCAGAAGGCUUCUUUGAGCUGGUAGCUACCAUGAAGCUGCUGCUCGAAAAGGCCCCGGUCGACUUCUGGGACGGCAUGAACGCCAUUACUCCAUCCAUUGCGAAUGUGGCGGAGCAGGUCUUCAACAGCCCUGUCUUGAAGCACCUGUUGACGGCAGUCACAUACACUCCAGAGGACCAGCAGAACCUCGAGGCUGCCUUCAGCUGGAUACCCCCGUUUCUUGCAUCCAUCAAAGUCUCUAACCUCGGCCCUGCGGUUCGACCAUUUGCUAACGCCCUCUUUGGCCGCUAUCAGUUGGAUCACUUCACACCACUGGCAAGAUCAUAUUGCUUCAAGCAAGGUAUGCGAGUCCUUGUUGUCGCCUUCAAGACCAUGGGCGAAUACAAACAACACACCGAUUUUGUUGGGCAGCCCACAGUAAACGGCAUGCUGGAGAUGCUCACCACUUACAUCGAUCUGAUCGUCAGCAACCUGAAGCGCUUCAAUGGCAGCAAGGAGAACGAGGAAGAGUUACAACUGGCACUAUCUGUGAUUCAGUAUGCUUUCCAGCUCGAGGCCAAGUCGCUGGUCGUUGAGAGACAGCUCAUCAACGCAAAGCAGCCCUCACCUACAGAGACGCCUUCAUCUACCGCCAUAUGGAAGACAGUCCUCCGAGCCAUCGACGCCAGCAACCUUGACCUUGCGACGCACUUGUUGAUCGCCGGCAGAACGCUCAUUGGUCUUGAGCCAUUGUCCAUGAAGGCGGGAGUCGACAAAGUGCCCGCGACAGUACGGCACUUUAACGAUCGCUUCAAGACACUCUCCCAAUCCAUCACCGACAUUGUCGAACGACUAUCAGAAUUUCACCCGGCGAAGUUACAGGCCCUAUUUGAAAAACAAAGUGCAGCUAGCGCUAUCAUCUCCCUCCUUUUCUCAUCUACUGAAGACACGAGGAGUGCUGUCAUCGAGCUUCUCAAGAUCAUCAGCUCAGAAGACGAACGUCGAAACGCUCUGCAGCACGUCCUCAGGACCUAUUACCGCAAUGCAUUGGGCGGGAUUUCCGACUCGAUCCGCCAAGUCAAGAUCAGGAAAGCUUUUGCUCCCGCGCCUAGCAUGAUCAAGACUUGCUCUGACAUUAUUGAUGUCAUGUGCAAUUCGCAGGAUGGUAUACUGCGAUCUCGAAGCCUCGAGCAGAGCGAAAUAGCAACUACCAUGACUUUCUGGAGGGGCCAAUGGGAGAUGCUCACAAUGAUUUUCGCCACCACAGAAGCGUGGAGCAACUUGGGUUUCUACGAGAAGCAGCAGAUGAUGGACUUUUGCCGAGACACGAUGCAGUUCGCAGAUCAGCUCUUCGACCAAUACAGCAUCUUGGUCGCCGCCCUGAAAGCUAACGCUGAAGAAGGAAGUAACAAGUCAAACUUGCUGAAAGAGCUUCUGGCUGAACCCGCAAAUGCUAUGGACGGACUCGCCAGAUGGCUGCGUCUGCGGGACGAGUUCCUAUCCAGUAAAUCCGUCACGUUGAUCAGCAAGCUUCUUGUCCGCCUUCACAACGUGUCCAUCGAAAUUACAGCGGACACUCUAUCCUACAUGGAGAGAAUCCUGUCUGGUGAAAUUCGCGCCAAGCUUAGUGCGACACAACAGGCCGAAUUGCAGCAGGCUCUGGAGACGCAUCUUGGUCGCCCUCUUGUGAAGGAGGAAGAGGUCAAGCCAAAGCAAGCCUCGAUAAGCAAAUGGAUGUCAACUGGUACAGACCGGGCAUCAACUUCAGGCAACCUUAUGUCUCAAUUAACCUCAGGUGCGAGUGCAUUCCAGCAAAAACGAGAGCAGAUGAAGGCUGCGGAGGCCAAGACCGCGAAACUUAAGACUCUGGAAAUUCAGAAGGCUGCGGCGCAAGACGAUUUCAAGAAGAAGCGCCAGCUGGAGAAGCAGAAGCGCGAACAAGAAAAGGCCGCUGCCAUCGCGAAAGCAAGAGCUGCUCGAGGCAUACCAUCGCACAUCGCAGAAGCAGGUUCAGGCCUAGAAGGUCUAGGUGUCCUAGGUAAAGACCAGGCUGCGAAGGGAGAAGGCCUCAUGCACUCAUCCGAUGAGUCCGAAGACAGCGAUGGUGAUCUCGACGAAGAGAUCUUCGGCAUCAAGAAGACCAAGAACAAGGCUGGACCAAAGACGAACAUCAUUAACGAGGUCAAGAUCCAGAUGCCUACCAAGAAGAAGAGGGCCGUGCGUUCUGCUCGAGACAUGCGUGCUCGCCUUGCGCCUGAUCUGACCGCUCUCCACCGGGCUUUCCUUGGUUGGGACUACUUCCACGAAGGCGAUUAUCCACCAAAAGCACGCCCAGAAAUGUACUCCAAGAUUCCUACAACAUUUCGCACCCCCAACGAUUAUCAGUCUACUUUCGAAGCUUUUCUCACGCUUGAAGCAUGGCAAGGUUUUGUCAAGGAACGAGACGAGAACCAGGCCAAGCCCUAUGAAGUCCGCAUAACGUCAAGAGCUAGCGUCGAUGCGUUCCAGGAACUUGGAAGUACUAUGACCUUCGCUGAGAACAAGGAGAUGCGGAUUGGUGAGGGCGACAUUGUGGUGUUGUCAGUGUCUCGAAAACUGUCGGCAAAUGAGCCGUCUUGUCUCGCUAGAGUCUCCAAAGCGAAGAGGAAAGGGCAACACAUCGAAGUGUUGUAUCGUGUCUUACCUGCAAACCCGCUUUCGUCUUCGCUGCAGCCAAACAAUACCGUAUUCGGAUUAAAGGUCCAGUCCAUCAUGACCUUAGAGCGCGAAUACGGUGCAUUGAAGGGUCUCCAGUACUACGACUUGUGCGACGAGAUCAUCAAGGCCAGGCCAUCUCCUUUGUUGACAUACAGUGACAAGCAAACCGAGCCUCUGAUCCAGAAUUACAAUGUGAACAAGGCGCAGGCGAAAGCCAUCAAGUCAGCGAUUGACAACGAUGCAUUCACGUUGAUUCAAGGUCCACCUGGUUCUGGUAAAACCAAGACAAUUACUGCGAUUGUGGGAGCAGUUUUGUCAGACAGCCUCCGCAAUCGUGGCACAACCAUUACUGUUCCUGGCCAGCAGCGUUCAGAAACUGCCUCCAAGAAGCUACUGGUUUGCGCACCCAGUAACGCUGCUGUUGACGAAUUGGUCAUGCGUUUCAAGGCCGGCAUCAAGACACUCAAUGGAGAAGUGCGGAAAGUCAACAUUGUACGUCUGGGUCGCCAAGACAAGCUCAAUGCAGCUGUACAGGACGUAUGUCUAGAAGGCCUAAUCAGUAAGAGGCUCGGUCAAGAUCCAGGUCAAGGGAAAGGGCAAGACCCAGAAGCGAAAAGCAAGAUGUACGAAGAACACAAGCAGGUUUCUGAGCAGUUGAGAAACGGAAACGCGCAAAGAGAUAGUGGAGAGUUAAAGGGCGAUGCUGCGGCAAAGCUUGAGAGCGAUCUUUUUGCGCUGCGUCAACGCAAGGCUGCUCUGGGUAGACAAAUCGACAACAGCAAGGACGAAGAGAGGCUCCAGAGUCGUAACUCAGACCUCAGCCGCCGCAGGGCGCAAGAAGCGAUCCUCAACGAUGCGCAUAUUAUUUGUGCUACGCUUAGUGGUUCCGGACACGAGAUGUUCCAGGGACUCAGUAUAGAGUUCGAGACUGUCAUCAUUGACGAGGCUGCGCAGUGUGUUGAGCUGAGUGCUCUCAUUCCUCUGAAGUACGGUUGCGCAAAGUGCGUGCUGGUCGGUGAUCCAAAGCAAUUGCCACCUACGGUGUUUUCAAAGGUGGCAUCGCGCCACCAGUACUCGCAGAGUCUUUUCGCUCGUAUGGAGAAGAACCAUCCUAAUGAUGUGCAUCUACUCGACACGCAGUAUCGUAUGCAUCCUGAGAUCAGCUUGUUUCCUAGUCGGGAGUUCUACGACGGCAAGCUCAUGGACGGUGGGGACAUGGCGACUAUCCGCAAGCAACCAUGGCAUCAGAGUAUGCUGUUUGGACCAUACCGUUUCUUUGACGUGGCAGGCCAACAAUCAGCCGCGCCAAAGGGUCACUCGCUUAUCAAUCGCGCCGAGAUUGAAGUAGCGAUGAAGCUGUAUCACCGACUGACUUCAGACUUUCCCGACUACAACUUCCGGGGCAAGAUCGGCAUCAUCACUCCGUACAAAAGUCAGUUGACGGAGCUCAAAACACGCUUUGCGUCCGUCUAUGGAGCCCAAAUCAUCGAAGACAUUGAGUUCAAUACCGCGGAUGCCUUUCAAGGUCGAGAGAGCGAGAUCAUCAUUUUCUCCUGUGUGCGAGCCUCCGAUCGGGGAGGCCUUGGUUUCUUGGAGGACAUUCGACGUAUGAACGUCGGUCUCACACGUGCGAAGUCUUCUAUGUGGGUGCUCGGCCACGCGCCAUCGCUUAGUCGUGGCGAGUUCUGGCGCGGAUUGGUGGAAGAUGCCCAGGAGAGGAAGCGGUUCACAACUGGAAACCUGACCCAGAUGCUCAACCAGCAUUCGAGCAAAUUCCCUGCUCCUAAAGAGGGCUAUGUUCAGCCGCAUCGACCGCUAGUUGAGAUCAAGUCUGAACCUAUGAGUCGCUCGGGAAGUGGCCAGUCAAACGAAUCGGACCGCAAACCCACCAAGCAAGAGAUCAAGCAGGAAGUCAAACAGGAGAUCAAGGAGGAGCCAGGUCUUGUCCACCACCCGAAGCGCAAAGCUGAAGACAAGGACGAAUUUGACCUCUUUGGCGAUGUGCAGGAUGAUGGUGACAUAAACAUGGAAGAUGCACAGUCAGAUUCCGCAUCGAACACGCUCAAUGGUGGUAGUGGUCGAUCGACACCAGCUGCGUCUUCCGACAUUGCACGAAAGAGCGCCACUCCCGGUGCAGAUGCACCAAAUGGCGCUGACGCCGGGGCGGGUCCUACACAUGUGCUGGCCGCCAUGGCAAAGCCCAAGAUCAGGCGGAAGCCAAACCCAUUUAUCAAGCAGAAAAAGAAACCGAAGACUGGAUAA